GGAUAUGUAGGACGCAUGGCUGACGAUUCGGUGACAGAGGAGUAUGGCCCCCGUGAUAAAAGGACCGGAUCGCGGGUCAGCGGUUAUUCCGCCUGCCGACUUCUACCGGGUUACAUCAUGUCUUUCUUUCCCUUUCUCUUGGCCCUGACGCUCUCACCAUGCUUAGUGGGAGCUCAGACGAUGGGCGGAAUAAGUGGCAUGCCAGGAAUGGGUAUGCCAGGUGGUAUGCCAGGUGGUAUGCCAGGUGAUAUGUCAGGAAUGGGUAUGCCAGGUGGUAUACCGAUGGUCACCCCAAGUGGUAUUCCAGGAAUGGGUAUGCCAGGUGGUAUGCCGAUGGUUACCCCAAGUGGUAUUCCAGGAACGGGUAUGCCAGGUGGUAUGCCGAUGGUUACCCCAAGUGGUAUUCCAGGAAUGGGUAUGCCAGGCGGUAUGCCGAUGGGUACCCAGAGUGGUAUGCCAGGAAUGGGUAUGCCAGGCGGUAUGCCCAUGGGUAUGCCAGGGGGACUGAUGGGUGGUAUGGCAAGUGCUAUAAUGGGGAGACGAGGGUCAAGCUUCCGCAGGUCGCCAUUCUACCUCGGGGCAAAGCAGCUGGGCUGUUCUUACGGAAUCGAUAUGGAGUCCAUGCUGCGCUUCCUCCUCCCCCGAGGGUGUUCCCCGGGGUUUGACUUCUGCCCCGCCAAGUUUCGUGGACGGCGGUGUGUGCAGGCAGGGGCUAUUGGAAUGUGCUGUCCUCUAUACGUAAACAAACGAGCAAUCGAUUCAACAGCAAACAUGAUAUUGAUGACGAAAAUGGCAGAAAUGUUCGCCGUCUAGAUAAUUAACUGUUAUAUCAGCGUAACGUUUGACUUGUGCUACUCCUGAAGAUAACUGAAGAACAUCGCCUCAUUAUAAAUCACCAUCAACAGGAUCUAUAAGAGACUAAACAGCAACUGACUUCUUUCACUGCAGUGAACCGUGCAACAACAAACACUCACCUUGCCGCAUUCAACAACAUUGUUUUUCUAUUCGUCUUCGACUAUUCACUCCAUAAAAACAGUUUAUCCCUCUGAAUCACUGUGGGAUCUCCAAACGUCAAGCGUUGACUGUUCAAUGUCUACAAAGUUACGCCUACAUCAACACACCUCCACAAACAUGAACUAUCAAUAAAAA